UUGAGCGUUAGGAUGUGCAUGAGCUAACAAAGUACUACGAUGCUUACACAUGUAUAGCAGUGGGAUUCAAAUGAAGGGAUACAGCUGUCAUAAUAACAUCCAACAUAUCUCUCUCUAGGGAACGUUCCACGCGAUUCGACCUUCGACGACUUAUGAUGCCAGUUUCCGCUCACGAUUAAUUCCUACGUCCCAAAUUUUUCUCUGUGGAUUGAUUCCUGUGUUUUCCUCUAGUUGGUUUAAGAACAGGAGCCAAAGCAUCUAACACGGGAUUAUUUAUUUGACCGUGGGUGUGCUUUUGUGAGAGAUCGUUGAGGUGUUAACAUAGCUGCUAGGACUGGACUUUUUUCGUUUGCCAGAACCAGUGCCAUGUACCAGGUUAUUGACAGACUAGGACUUAGCCUUUUUUUAGGCCUACUGUGCCUUACCACUUCUUGCCACGGAGACAAAAUUCUCAUGCUGCCGUAUGGAGCUACUCACACUUCCAGAGCUAUGAAUAUGGAGAAGUUGGCCUUGAUGUUGACUGAACAUGGUCAUAAUGUGACCAUGAUAGUCAGGGCCGACUACACACCCUGGCGACCCCUACCCGGCGUUGUAUUGGAGACGUAUAACGUAACUGUCAACGACGGAUCACAACUACCUCGGAAAUUAGAUUUCAAGACAAUGAUGCGGUUGGUGAAAUCCGACAUUUUUACUCUAAUUCAUAUAGAAUCUGAAUCUAAUCGCGAAACUUGUAAACACAUGUUGUCUGACAAACAACUUAUGAGUAAAAUCAAAAGAGGAACCUUUUCUUUGUUCAUAUUUGAUUACUUGGAAUUGUGUUCUGCAAUUCUUUUGUAUCAGUUAAAACUCCCAUCUGUCAUGUACUCAAACUAUGGAUUAACGGGUUUGUGGAUUGCAAAUCAGAAUCCCUUAAAUCCAGCCACGACCCUUAUGGAAGGCGCAGACUUUACAAACAAUAUGAACUACAUAGAGCGCUUCAGAAAUACAAUGCUUUGGAUAGCUGCAAAUGCAUUUUAUAACUACUAUUACAUUAGAGACAUAGAAAAUCUACUGUCAACGUUUCUGCCUGAUUAUAACUUUCCUCCAAUUCAUCGUUGCUUUGAAAACGUCUCUAUAAUUAUCGCAGCCAAUACACAUUUUGCCCUUGACUUUCCUAGACCUGUCAUGCCUCAUAUAAAACCAAUAUCCGGGCUACAGUGGACCCCGCCGCGCCCUCUGUCGUCCGAUCUACUUUCUUUUAUGUCGUCUGCUCAUCAUGGGGUUAUACUUAUGAGUUUUGGAUCUAUGAUGCCGACGUUGGAAGAGGAGACAGCAGAACUAUUUGCUAAGGUAUUUUCCAAGCUUCCACAGAAAGUAUUAUGGCGAUACAAAGGACCUGUUCCACCAUCGUUAGGGGAAAACACCAAGAUCAUGGAGUGGAUUCCACAAAACGACAUUCUAGCUCACCCCGCCAUGAAGCUGUUCAUCACGCACUGUGGUAUCAGCAGCACGUGGGAGACGCUGUUCCACGCUGUACCCGUGGUAGCAGUGCCGCUUUUUGCAGACCAGCAUCAUAAUGCAGCUAAAUUGGUAAAAAGGGCAAAAAUUGGGGUUUUAAUCGACUUUCAUACAAUGACACAGAUAGAGCUAAAGGAAGCAAUCAACGUGGUACUAAUUAAUGAGAAAUACAAACAAAAUGCGGCAAAGAUGUCCGAAAUUUUACAAGACGUUCCAAUAUCUGCAAAAGAUGAAUUUUUAUUCUGGGUUGACUACGUGAUCCGCCACCGUGGUCCAUUAUUUCUUCAUAACAAGGCGGUCUACAGACUUUCAUGGCACCAAUAUUACCUUCUAGAUAUAAUCUUACCACUUGUAGCCGCAUUUCUUUGUUUAAUCUAUCUGUUGAAGGUAUUCGUUGUAUUUAUUUUUAAGAUGAUCAAACGUGUAAGUAAGCUUUUGAUAAGGAGAGAGAAAAUGAAAAAAACAUAAAGAUACUUUGGUAAUAGAUAACGCUUGGGAUUUAGCACUAUAUUGAGGUGUUGUUACACGGAGUGUGAGAUAUCGGUACGCCUAUAUACCAUGUUUAUUGAAAUUAAAUCGUAAUAAUUGUUAGCAGUGACAAAUGUUGAAGUGUGCACAUUUUAAUUGCAUGUUAUUGUGUACAUAUUCAUAAGACGGUGUCUUUUUGUCCCUCAUUGCUUAAAGAUGCAUACAAAGUCAAUUUUUUGUCACAAAAACCAACCAAAUGCCAGCAUGUAGUUUCAA